GAGCCGCCUCCCGUUAUAAACAACCGGUCCCGGUAGCCACCGCCUUCCCGGUAUCCACCAUGAGCAGCGGUGGGGGCGCUCCCGGUCCUCGCAGAGCCUCCCGGCCGCCGCCGCCGCCCAUCUCCGUGGCCUCGGGGCGGGUGGCGGUGGCGGCAGCGGCGGCGGCUCGGAUCGCGGAACGGGAGGAAUUGGCUGCUCUAAACGAUCGUUUCGCCGCUUUCUUGGAGCGGGUGCGAGCGCUGGAAAGACAAAACGGGGCUUUGCGAGCAGCCCUGCACCGCCCCGGUCCCCCGCCCCGCGCCACCGGGAUGGUGCAGGGGGAGCUGCGGGGGCUGCGGGAGCGGCUGCAGCUCCUCGGCUGCGACCGGGACCGCCUGCAGGCGGAGCGAGACGGGCUGGCGGCGGAGCUGGCCGCCCUGCGGCACCGGCUGGAGGAUGAGAUGCAGAAGAGGGAAGAUGCAGAGAAGAGUCUGGUGCUGUUCCGCAAGGAUGUGGACCACGCCACGCUGUCCCGCCUGGAGCUGGAGCGCAAGGUGGAGCUGCUGAUGGACGAGAUCGGUUUCCUCAAGAAGCUUCAUGAGGAGGAGCUGCGGGACCUGGAGGUGAAUGCCCCGAGCCCGGCGGUGCCGGUGGAGGUGGAGGUCUGCAAACCGGAGCUGACGGCUGCGCUGCGGGAGAUCCGCACCCAAUACGAGAGCAUCGCCGUGAAGAACCUGCAGGAGGCCGAGGAGUGGUACAAGUCCAAGUUCGCCGACCUCUCAGACGCGGCCAACCGCAACCACGAGGCGCUGCGCUUGGCCAAGCAGGAGAUGAACGAGUCGCGGCGGCAGAUCCAGAGCCUCACCUGCGAGGUGGAUGGGCUGAAGUCCAUGAACGAAGCGCUGCAGCGGCAGAUGCGGGAGAUGGAGGAUGAGUUUGGGGAGGAGAUCGGGAGUUACCGGGACGUGGUGGGGCGGUUGGAGCAGGAGAUCCAGCAGAUGAAGGCGGAGAUGGCGCGGCACCUCCGCGAGUACCAGGACCUCCUCAACGUCAAGAUGGCCCUGGACAUCGAGAUCGCCACGUACCGCAAACUGCUGGAGGGCGAGGAGAGCCGGACCACCGUCCCCCUGUACUCCACCACCUCCUUCAGCGCCAGAGGCUCAGUGCCGGAUCCGCGGAGGGUGGUGCUCAUCAAAACCAUUGAGACGCGGGACGGGAAGGUGGUGACGGAGGCAGCCAAGGAGCGAGCGGAGCCGGGGAUGUGACGCAGAGGACCUGAUGGGACAAAUCCUGCUCCGGGGGGGCCGAACCCCGAGCCUAAACCCCCCCAUUGCCCUUUUAUUCCUCUUCUACUCCCAUUUAGUCCCCUUUUCUUCCUUGUUAUUCCCAUUUUUUUCCUGUUUAUUCCCCUUUUAUUCCUCAUUAUUCCCAUUUUUUCCUAUUUAUUCACCUUUUAUUCCUCGUUAUUCCCAUUUUGUUCUGUUUAUUCCCCUUUUAUUCCUCAUUAUUCCCAUUUUUUCCUAUUUUAUUCCCCUUUUAUUCCUCAUUAUUGCCAUUUAUUCCUAUUUAAUCACCUUUUCUUCCUCGUUAUUCCCACUUCUUCCUAUUUAUUCCCCUUUUAUUCCUUGUUAUUGCCAUUUAUUCCUAUUUAUUCACCUUUUAUUCCUCGUUAUUCCCAUUUUCUUCUGUUUAUUCCCCUUUUAUUCUUUGUUAUUCCCAUUUUUUCCUAUUUACUCCCCUUUUAUUCCCUUUCAUUCCCUUUUAUUUCUCUUUAUUCCCAUUUACUCCCCUUUUAUUCCUAUUUAUUCCCCUUUUAUUCCCAUUUAUUCCCCUUCAUUCCCUUUUAUUUCUCUUUACUCCAAUUCACACCCUUUUAUUUCCAUUUAUUCCCCUUUUAUUCCUCUUUAUUCCCAUUUAUUCUUAUUUAUUCCCCUUUAUUCCUCUCCAUUUCUCUCCCUCUGGGAUCCCCCUGUGCCUCUCAGGUUUGGGGGUGUCCCUGCUCCCCCCUCACUGAUUGGGGGGGGGGUUACCGGCUGCCCCCCCCCCUUCAGCCCCCGAGUCUCAGAGUGGGGGGAGGCAGAGUUUGGGGGGGCUCUGGGGGUCCCCCCCCUCCCGCUUGAG